AUGCCUCAAGCUCCCCGGUUCCCAACCUGGGCUGUGGGACUAGAAGAAUCUUUCCUUAAAUGUGGUUGUUCGGAACCAAAACCUGUUGAACAUUUGGAAAAGAUAGCCAUAUCUAACAAAUAUCUGAUAAGAAUUCAUACAAGUGUCCUUAAGUUAUAUGACAUUGAUAAAGGCGAGGAGAUCAAAACCGUCGAUGAUGAACAAUCUGGCUUCCAUUACGAUGGUCAAGUCUUUGGGUCACAUUCUCAGAUCGACACUCAGAUCGACCAAUCAGAUCGAACAACCGGUUUCAAACCCCAAGAUCUUCAAUCAAUGACUGAAUCAGAAGAAUCUCAAGAAUUUUCAUGCAAAAGAUCUGGUGUAGUUAAAUCUAAAAUAAAAGAGCUCUUUGCCCAAGAAAAUGUGUUUUACUCCCUUUACGCGGAUGGUUCACUAAACAAAACAGAAGUAGGCCGAUCUCGGGACACCAGCGGACUGAAAUUAUAUCAUACACCAAUACCAUUAUUACCAAUUAAAACGAUGAUAAAACAAGUUUCCUGUGGAAAGGAACAUGUGAUUCUGUUAACUGAAAACAAUCAAGUCUUCACAUUCGGUUUAGGAAGCCGAGGGCAAUUAGGAAACGAAGAUGUCGAAGAACGGAAAGAACCACAAGAAGUGGACGCUUUAUCAGGAAUUUCAAUCAAAACUGUAUCAGCUGGUGGCUGGCAUUCAAUAGCGGUUUCUGAGGAUGGUGAUUUGUACACGUGGGGGUGGAACGAAAGUGGUCAGCUAGGAUUGCCGUGUCCGUUAUUAAGCGUCGAUUCUGAUUUAGAAACCCAUGGUCUAGUAACUCUACCUACAGUAAUAGAUCUGCCAGCAUCAGUUCACAAAGUCUCUUGUGGUUCCCGUCACACCACUGUAUUAUUAGAAGAUAAAGUUUUGAUGGCAUGUGGUUGGAAUAAAUAUGGACAACUUGGAACCGGAGACAAUAAAUCUUGUGACCAGUUUAUCAAACUAGACAUUUCUGGUGCCGCAGAUCAUGAUAUUAUUGACAUUGUGACAGGCAGUUGGAACACUAUUUUUAUAUAUUCCUCUGAAUAAAAUAGACAUGUCGAGUUUUA